AUUUCAACAAUCGGCACAACAACAGUUCAAACAACUACAGCACCAAACUCGUUAGUCAUGAAUCCAACAUCUAUGUUGGUAGAGAUGAAAAACUUCAUUCCUUCUUCAUAUACUUUCGAAACAAAAAUCCAGAAGAUAAAGCAGGAAUUGUUAACAAGUAAUUUAGACUGUAGUGCGAAAGAUGAAACAAAUGAACAGUAUCUUUAUGAAAUGCAGGACAUUAUUGACCAUUUGCCUAAAUUGCCUGAAAUUCAGCAGCAAAAACUCACUAUUCCCGAAUUUGACGAAAUUGAAGUGAAACCAACUGACUCAGUAGAAAUAAAGAAGUUCAUACGAAAGGUAAAUUAUGAAUUCCUUGGUUUUCAUUGCAACCAUAAGGUUAUGGACAAAGAUUGCGACAUGUUAUAUAAGAACAUCUCUGACCUUUACAAAUCUGAAGAAUUUAAGACCUACGACAACUUUGUUUCAUUAGUUGCAAAAUGUGUAUGGGAAAUAAGAGAUAAAGAUAGUAGGGGUAAGGUAUGGAAUGAACAGAUAAGACCCGCUAUGUUUGAGAUGAAGAGAGCAAUUGACGCCUUGGUUGUUUUAGCAGGUAAGGUUUCAGAAUAUAACGCAAAAAUGAAUCCGCAAUGUUCUAAAUGUAAAGCAGCAAUGAGGAAAUAUAACUACUCCGUCAAAGAGAUAGAAC